AUGGUCAAGGAUAAAGGUGAGGGUGAAGGGACCAAGCCCUCUUCAGAAGCCAUGGGUGUCACCAAGAUUCAGAAUGACACAGUUAAGGCAAGGGAAGUAGAGGCCAAAGAUAUUUCUCCCCUUCAACCAGAUAAAAAAGAAGUCGCUCUUCCUUCAGCCAAAAUCCGAAGCAGGUCAGCUGCUUCUGGUGGUGCCCCUGCUGCUGCUGCUGCCAAGGAGGAAGAGAAGAAUGAGCCUGCAGAGGAAUCUGACGAUGACAUGGGUUUUAGUUUAUUUGACUAA